AUGCCGCUGCUGACGCCCUACAAGAUGGGCCAUCUGGAGCUCUCCCACCGUGUUGUGCUCGCGCCGCUGACGCGGUGCCGCUCCUAUGGCAAUGUACCGCAGCCGCACGCCACCGUGUACUACUCGCAGCGCGCCACCAAGGGCGGCCUGCUCAUCGCGGAGGCCACGGGGGUGUCGGCCACCGCGCAGGGGUGGUAUCCGGAGACUCCUGGCAUCUGGACGCAGGAGCAGGUCGAGGCGUGGAAGCCCAUCGUCGACGCCGUCCACCGCAAGGGCGCCUUCUUCUUCUGCCAGAUUUGGCACGUCGGCAGGGUUUCCACCAACGAGAUGCAGCCUGACGGGCAGGCGCCCAUCUCCAGCACGGACAAGCAGAUCUCUCCCGAUGCCGAGUUUGGCGUAGUGUACUCCAAGCCGCGGCGUUUACGGACUGAGGAGAUCCCGGGCAUCGUCGACGAUUUUAGGCGUGCGGCACGAAACGCCAUCGAGGCGGGGUUCGAUGGUGUGGAGAUCCACGGCGCGCAUGGGUACCUCCUGGAGCAGUUCAUGAAGGAUGGCACCAACGACCGUGAUGACGAGUACGGUGGCAGCCUUGAGAACCGGUGCCGCUUCGCGGUGGAGGUGAUCGAUGCUGUCGUCCACGAGGUGGGCGCGGACCGCGUGGGCGUUAGGCUGUCUCCGUUCAUCGACUUCGUGGAGUGCGCCGACUCUAACCCGGUGGCGCUCGGUGAAUAUAUGGUGCAACAGCUGAAUAGGCACGAGGGGCUACUCUAUUGCCAUAUGGUGGAGCCACGGAUGACCAAUGUCGUUGACGGCAGCAGGCAAAUCCCUCAUGGGCUUCUACCGUUUCGGCAAGCCUUCAACGGCACGUUCAUCGCUGCAGGUGGGUACGAUCAGGAGGAAGGCAACAAGGUGGUCGAUGACCAUUACACUGAUCUCGUUGCCUACGGGAGACUCUUUUUGGCCAAUCCAGACCUGCCUAGAAGGUUUGAGCUGGGUGCACCCUUGAAUGAGUACAACCGGGCAACUUUUAUCACUCAGGAUCCUGUCAUUGGCUAUACGGACUACCCAUUCUAUGAGGACAACCAUGUUUGA